UGCAGCAGCUAAAGUUAAUAAACAUGGUAGAUGCCGAGCCCGAGGAUCGAACCGGGGACCUAUUGCUUUCAGGGAAGGUUGGAGCUCCUUGGUCGUUAGAUGAGGUCCAUAUGUUAGCCAAAGGGCAGCAGAAAUAUAAAGUUGGGUAUGCAGGGAGAUGGAAAGCUAUUGCUCAGUUUUUACAAAGUGCUGGGUUUAAUAGAACU